AUUUUGAAGAAAAAAAACGUAGACGCUGUUCAACUUCUCCAACUCUUCCUAACGACCGGAGUCCAAGCCGAGCAAACACUCUCCUCCCCUUUGUUAACUCCGCCCCUUCCAACGGACCUCUCGAAGCUCCCCCAUUUCGCCAUAUAUACAUCCCUCCCCCCUUCCCUUCCUUUUUCUGUAAAAUCUAAGCCUCUCUCUAUCUCUCUCUGCUUUCCGAUUCUUGUUCAAAAUGCAAUCUUCAAUCUCUCUUUCACUUUCUUCCUCUUCUCCGAUCACUGUCAGAUCCAACGGUGGAGCAAACUCCGCCGCUUCCGACCUCUUCUUCAGCAACACCGCUACGCCAAGCCAGCUCCGGUUCUGUGGCCUCAGAAGAGAAGCUUUCUCUGGAUGCAAGUCCUCUAACAAUGCACUUCUAUUCAAGCAAUUGCGUCCCAAGACUAAGAUUUCGGCUUCCUUGUCCACCAACGGAAAUUCGUCUAAGGGUUUUGACUAUGAUCUUGUAAUUAUUGGAGCUGGUGUUGGUGGUCACGGAGCCGCUCUUCACGCUGUUGAGAAGGGUCUGAAAACUGCCAUCAUCGAAGGUGAUGUGGUAGGUGGAACAUGUGUUAAUCGUGGUUGUGUUCCUUCAAAAGCCCUUCUUGCUGUCAGUGGUCGUAUGAGGGAGCUUCAAAAUGAACACCAUAUGAAGUCUUUUGGUUUACAGGUUGCAGCUGCUGGUUAUGACAGACAGGGUGUAGCUGAUCAUGCACAAAAUCUUGCCACAAAAAUUCGAAACAAUUUAACCAAUUCUAUGAAAUCUCUUGGUGUAGACAUAUUGACAGGUUUUGGCUCUGUUGUGGGUCCACAGAAGGUGAAAUAUGGAAAAGUUGGUGGCACUGAGACAGUUAUUACUGCAAAAAACAUAAUUAUAGCUACUGGAUCAGUUCCAUUUGUCCCUAAGGGAGUUGAAGUUGAUGGUAAAACUGUCAUAACAAGUGAUCAUGCACUAAAACUAGAAACAGUACCAGAAUGGAUAGUUAUUGUAGGAAGUGGUUACAUUGGUCUUGAAUUCAGUGAUGUGUAUACAGCACUUGGAAGUGAGGUGACAUUUGUAGAAGCUUUAGAUCAGUUAAUGCCUGGAUUCGACCCUGAAAUUGGGAAAUUAGCUCAAAGGGUUCUCAUAAAUCCUCGAAAGAUUGACUAUCAUACUGGUGUAUUUGCAACCAAGAUAACUCCAGCUAAAGAUGGUAAACCUGUAACAAUUGAGCUUAUUGAUGCCAAAACAAAGGAACCAAAAGAUACAUUGGAAGUAGAUGCUGCUCUCAUUGCAACUGGAAGAGCACCAUUCACAAAUGGGCUUGGUUUGGAGAAUGUAAAUGUAGAAACACAACGUGGUUUUAUUCCUGUUGAUGAGCGCAUGCGAGUUAUUGACUCCAAGGGCGAAUUGGUCCCUCAUUUGUAUUGCAUUGGUGAUGCUAAUGGAAAAAUGAUGCUUGCUCAUGCAGCAAGUGCACAGGGGAUUUCAGUUGUUGAGCAAGUUUCUGGGAAAGACCAUGUCCUAAAUCAUCUAAGCAUCCCUGCUGCAUGUUUUACUCAUCCUGAAAUCAGCAUGGUUGGGUUAACAGAGCCACAAGCAAGAGAAAAAGCUGAGAAGGAAGGAUUUGAAAUCAGUAUUGCCAAAACUAGCUUCAAGGCUAACACUAAAGCCCUUGCUGAAAAUGAAGGAGAGGGGAUUGCUAAGAUGAUUUAUAGACCUGAUAAUGGAGAGAUUCUUGGAGUUCAUAUAUUUGGAAUGCAUGCUGCAGACCUUAUUCAUGAAGCAUCAAAUGCUAUUGCUCUUGGAACACGUAUCCAGGAUAUCAAAUAUGCUGUUCAUGCUCAUCCAACUUUGUCUGAAGUGAUUGAUGAACUAUUCAAAUCAGCCAAGGUUAAAAAUGAGGUUUCUAGUGCGGUUGCUGAGCCAGUUCCAGUCUAAGCUUGUCAAUGGUCAAGAAACCGUGGAUCUUUCUUAAUGACGAUGCACCAAGACAUAUUUUUCUGGAGCACAUGCUAAUUAUGUAUCUGAGUGAUUGAAAAUUUUCGAUUUUUGUUGUCUGAAAAUUCUGGAUUUUGUAAUAAGAGAGGGAUAGAGAAAUGACAAACAUAUGAGUUUAAGAUGGGAUUUUAAAUAAUCAAUUAUUAAAGAAAGAGGAUGUAGUAUCAA